CGCGAAGGGCCCGGCUGGUUGCUUGGUCCUCCUGCUUUGCCGUAGGCAGCCAGCACCUAGGAGGCGCUGCUGCCGCCAACAUGGCGGCCAAGAUGGCCAAGCUGGUAGCUGUCCCUUGUGCUCUGGCAUGUACAUCUAUUAGUGUGUAUGCUGCAACAGAAGAAGAAUCAAAAACCCACCCAAUAAAGCCAAAUCAGCUUCCCAUUUAUUGUGCACCGCCUCUGAAAUCUAAAUACAUUGAAGAAAAACCUGGUCGUUUGCAGAUGGGCUUUUCUACAUUAAGAAAGGCAGCUAGUCGCUAUGCUAAAUGGAUCACGGAUGCCUAUGUCUUCGUUAAAAAUGGAAUAAUGGAUUCAGUCCAAUUUGGCAAAGAUACAUAUGUUUAUCUGAAGAAUCCACCUCCAGAAUUUCUUCCAAAAGUUGGUGUAAUUACAAUUUCAGGCCUAUCUGGUAUAGUCCUCGCAAGAAAAGGUUCUAGAUUUAAGAAAAUUGUUUAUCCAUUAGGACUUGCCACUUUAGGCAUAUCAGUUUGUUACCCAGCUCAGUCGGUAAAAAUUACUAAGGUAACAGGGAAAAAUGUAUAUUCUGCAAGCCAUCAAACGUAUGAAACAAUAAAAUCAUUGUGGACAAAAAGCUCUUCUGUCAAAGAAGAAGGCACAAAGCUUAGUUCGCAUCUUCAAGUGCUGGAACCACUUGUAGAAGGAGGUAGUAAAAGUGCAGAGGUUCAUAAAACAACCCCUGAAUCUCAGGUGACAGUAAAACUACCUCCUAUAACAGAAUUUGCUGCCAUGAAGAUUCAGAGCCCCCAAAAUGCAACAUCUGUGUCAGCAGAAAUAAAAAUUCCAAAUGCAGUCUCAGAUGUAGUGAAGACAACGAAAUUUAAACCUGACCCAAGGCUUAUGGAUCAUGGUCAGUCCAACCCAGAAGAUGUGGAUAUGUAUAGUACUAGAAGCUAAGGUGGCUAUUUGCAGGUCUAUGGAAACUCCUAAAGAUGUCAAAUUAAAAUGGAAGGAUUAAUGAUUGUAUGAUUGGUACUGUGUGUAGCAUAAUUUAAUCAGGUAUUUUCUAAAAUCUCAAUGUGUACAGUUUUGUCCUUGUCUGUGGCACAUUUUGUUUCUUACUACCUAUAAGAAGUUAACAAAGAAUUCAGUUUUAUGUUAAUUAUUUUGAAUUAUAAUUAGCUUUGUGAUACCGAGAAUUAGCUUUUUCUCAAUAUAUGCUUUCAGUAGAGUGUAUCAGGAUUGUUAGUGCCAAGUUCUUAAUAAUCAUAAAUCACCCUUUCAGGGAAUAUUUCAAAAUGGAAAUAUAUUUCCAUUUUCCCUCUGGCCAGUUGUUUAAAGAUGGCAAGAAAUCUUCUUUUAUCUUUUGUUUUUCUCACCUUGUUUCUAGCUCUGUAGUCAUAUGGCAGCACUUGCCCACUGUGUUGGACUAAUUAGUGCAGCUGAAAUACUAAUACAAAAGUAUCUGUACUGCUUCUAGUUAUAGGAGGCAGCCCAUGUGGAACAGAGCAUGUUUGAAGGUGGUGCUGCUGCCCUGGCCUGGUAAGUUUCCAGUAUAAACCUGCCUUAAAAGAUGUUGGGCAGUAGUUGGUGAAUCCUGAGUCCUUGUCAACUUCUUAAGUAAGAGCAUGGGUGAUUUUGCAUCGAUUCCCCUAGGUUCUAGUAGUGAGUGAGUCGAUACAAAGAUAAUGGAAUAACAGUCAGCUUAUCAGAAAACGGAUUCAACUAUGGGGUUACCCAGCACCAUUGAGAAGAGAGAUCCUUUGCAAGAGAUACAGAGGAAGCCCAUGGGGAAACAAGAGGGACACAACAGAGGUUGACCCACGUUGUUUCCCAAGAAAUGUUGCAGAUCUCCCUGGAAUCCAUUGAGUACCUCCCCACAUUUAUUACCCUUCAACUUCUGACCUGAGGAAGGUUUUUCUAGUCAACACCCAACCUGACCUCCACACACUGAGAAAGUAGUUUGCUACUGCCCAAGGCAGGGAAGGACACAAAGGAGAGAGUGUGCCCGAACAUAAUAUACAACUUUGCUGUUUCUUAAGCACAUUGUUCCCAAGAGAAAAGUGAUGUGUUAUAAUAUAAAAAGGAUUUCUAGUAGUCAAAUAGUAUCCAAGAAAUACAUUGGACUAUCUUCUAGGUAAUUGCUUCAGAAUCCUCUAAGAUAUCUCAUGAAAUGACGAGAGAAAAAAAAUCAAUGUAUGGCUUAUGAGGUUGUAUGUCAGCCUAUACCUUGUUAAUAGAACACUGAAUAAGGAACUUCCACAAGAAUUUUUUACUUUUUCCCGGGGAUGGGAUGUCAUGAUGUUGUUUUCCCAGAAGAUGUUUCUGGGUGGGUGGACAUCUGUACCGGGGCAUAUAUACCCUAUGCAGCAACAACUGAAUGAGGGGCCUAAUUAAGUUGCCCGUUGUAGCCAAGCUGCCAGUUUGAAACAGGUGUGAUAAAAGACUACAGCUCAGUCAGAAAGGGGCAACAGAGAAUCUGCAGGCUGCCGUAGAUAGGCUUCAGAAAUUUGGGUUGAGAGAGGUGGUUGAAGGAGCAAUCUAAUAUUAUUAAAGCAUGAAAAAUGAUAGGUAAAGUAAGAGUUAUUUUGGUAAUAUGCAUGUUUACUUUAAAUAUAAAUAGGCAUGCAGGAUAGUCCACACAGUACAGUAACACUUUUGUAAUGUAUCUGUUUGGUGCAGAUAGAGAGGUGGAACAAAAUUAAAGAUGAGCCAGUCUCA